AUUUUUUUCCACCACUGUUCGAGAUCCACCUCACCGCGAUAAUACUAUAGAACAGCAACAGCUCCGCACAAUAGAUUUAAUGGCAACAAAUAUGCUCACAGUUCCUCUUCGGAGGACAGAGCCGAUCGAGCUGGGUCCGGCUAUGCGCUCGUACAUUGAAAACAGCUACGAUCAGCACCCUGAUAUGUUCAAGACCGAUAUCUCUGCCCUCGACAGCUUGCGUGCGUCGAUUGUUGAGCUUGAUCUGCGAGCUCAGAGUAUUACUACUCUUACAAAGUACUUCACCCAGCUCACCUUUCUCUCCUCCAAGUUCCCAUCAACGCUUUUCACCUUCAAAUGGUACUCUACACUCACCUACGCCACCUCAGCAGCAGUCCAGCACCCCGAUCUGCAGUUUGAGCGCGCAAACGUGCUCUACAACAUCGCAGCGCUGCACACGCUUCUCGCCGCAGAUGAAAAUCGCACAACGCCGACGGGUCUCAAGAACGCGGCGCAACACUUUCAGUCCGCCGCCGGCUGCUUUCUUUUUCUGAAAGAGAGCGUCAACCCCGAACUUAAGCUCUCGCCACCUGAAGAUCUCAAUAACCACACUCUCGACGUGCUUAUCAACCUCUGUCUUGCGCAGGCUCAAGAGUGUUUUUGGCAAAAAGCAGUCGUUGAUGGGCUCAAGGAUAAGACGAUCGCAAAGCUCGCGAUCCAGGUCUCUAUAUUCUACUCCAAGGCUCUGGACGCGACUCUCAAGACCUCCUCGAUAAAGUCAGACUGGAUCCACCACAUCACCUGCAAAAAGCACCAUUUCGAGGCGGCGGCCCAGUACCGUGCCGCGGCUGACUCGCUGGCGUCUGCAAAGUACGGCGACGAGAUUGCUCGGAUCCAGCUUGCGCUUGAGGCGGUCAAGCGUGCGCUUGCAAGCGCAAAGCAUGUGUCUCCGGCUGUUGCUGAUGACCUCAAGGGUCUGCAGACGAAACUCAAAUCCGACCUCGCUCGCGCCGAGAAAGACAACGAUCUGAUCUACCUCGUCAUGGUCCCUUCACUUUCUACUAUGCCGCCGUUGAAAGGAGCGGUGACGGUGUCGGCCGCAGUUCCGCCCGAGAUCAAGGACACGAGUGAGGCGCUGAAACCGGGAUCGCCGUACGGUCCACCGUUGUUCAUCAAGCUCGUACCGUUUGCUGCUCAUCAGGCUGCCAGUAUCUACGUCGACCGUCGCGACACGCUCAUCAACCAUCUCAUCAUCAACAAGAUCGACGUGCUGACUGCCCAGCUGCACGAAUUCCUGACGAGAAUGGGCCUGCCGGGGUCGCUGCAGGCGCUCGAGCGGCCUGUCGGCCUUCCCCCUUCCCUUAUUGCUCAUGCCGCAGAAGUCCGCGCAAGCGGAGGAUACACGGCACUCAAGGCUUCUAUUGAGGAUGUGCGAAAUCUGGCACAGAUGAAUAACUCGAUGUACGUAGCUGCAGCGGAGACGCUAGAGGCUGAGCGCAAGGAGGACGACGACAUGCGUGCUCGCUAUGGCACCUCUGGCUGGCGCCGGCUCACCAGUCGCGAGGCUGCGAAAGAGCAGUACGCGCGACUUGAGCAGUUUGCUGCUGCUCUGAAGACUGCAUCUGCGAGUGACGAAACCGUGCGGGCUACUUUCAGAGAGAACGAGCAGGUGCUGAGAUUGCUUUCGGAAGACCCGAGCGUGAUUGAAAAGUACGUGCCCAGUGGGUCCUCGGCCGAGCUGUCGCCCGAGCUCGAGAAGCGACUAGAGGAGAUGCGCAGCAAGAUGGCGCAAGUUUCUAGGCUCGAAUACGCGCGGCGGAAGUUUGUCGAGCAGGUUCGCGAGAAAGCAACGAAUGACGAUGUGACUGAUCUGGUACUGAGCGAGAGCGCGCGGCUCGAGCAGCUUGAUCCGUUGGGGAAGAUUGAUCCUUCGAUGUUUGAAAAGGCGUUUACUGAUCGGCUUGCGUCGCUUUAUGACGCUGAUAAAGCGCGCGUGGAGAAAGAGACUGAGGAGCAGAGCGCGCUGCUGGUUGAUAUCGAGCUGGCAAACAUGGACUUUUCAGCUGCAGUCGCGCGCUCUCGCGGAGACGUGUCGACCGAGCGCGAGCGGGCGCUGCAGAGUCUCGAGGCGGGGUACUACAAGUACCAAGAGCUCGCCGAGCAUCUAUCCGAAGGCCGGAAGUUUUACAACGAGCUGAGCGGUGCGCUUGCGCAGUUGCAGGACGAGGUCAGCGAUUUCGUGUAUAGUCGGCGGGUGCAGCUGCGGGACGAAGAGUCUGAGCUUGCGGCUAGGUUCGAGAGUAUCAAUAUCUCGCGGGAGCAGAGAAGUGAGAGUCCGCUGCCGGCGCCGAGGGCUCAGGGGCUGCCGGCGGCGGUGUUGAGUAAAGGUAAAGAAGGAGGGAGUGGGGUUUGGAAUCCGGAGAUGGGCAUUCAGUUUGGAAAGCGGUUCUGAUGUAAUGUUAUGUAGCGAGUAGAUGUGUAAUUAAUAU